GGGAGGAGGAAAAAUAAAAGAGGAGAGAGCGCAGCAGGGCUGAACAAUAGAGACAGGCGGACGGGCCAGCCGGAGAACCAGCUGCUGCUGCUGGGGACAGCGGGCGCCGAGGCGGCCCGCACCCCGGUCCCAGACAGACAGCAGGCGGCCAGCGCCCUGGGGAAGGGGUACCAUGGGAGGCUUGGCGUCCUCUGUCCCAGCCCCGCCGCCCAGCGCCCGUCCUCGAAGCCCCUCGGGCGCCGAGCAGCCCUCGGCCCAGGCUUCUGCGGCCCCCGGCUGCCGGCGGACGCCCUCGCCCAGUCAUGAACCCCCACGAGGGAGCAGCGGAGGAAGGAGGAGCAGCCGAGGAAGGAGGAGCCCCCGACUCAGACGUGGACGCCUUUUUCCGGACAGUAUUUUCAGCCCCAGUCGGCCACACGGCCUGGAUCUCCUCUUGUGGGUGCCCCAGCUCCACGAUGAUGGCAGAAGACCUCGAGGCCCAGAUCGUCAAGGAUAUCCACUGCAAAGAGAUUGACCUGGUGAACCGAGACCCCAAGAACAUAAAUGAGGACAUAGUCAAGGUGGAUUUCGAAGAUGUGAUCGCAGAGCCUGUGGGCACCUACAGCUUUGACGGCGUGUGGAAGGUGAGCUACACCACCUUCACUGUCUCCAAGUACUGGUGCUACCGCCUGCUAUCCACGCUGCUGGGCGUCCCACUGGCCCUGCUCUGGGGCUUCCUGUUCGCCUGCAUCUCCUUCUGCCACAUCUGGGCGGUGGUGCCGUGCAUUAAGAGCUACCUGAUUGAGAUCCAGUGCAUCAGCCACAUCUACUCGCUCUGCAUCCGCACCUUCUGCAACCCGCUCUUCGCGGCCCUGGGCCAGGUCUGCAGCAGCAUUAAGGUGGUGCUGCGGAAGGAGGUCUAAAGCCAGGUGGGGUAAUGGGGGUGGCAGGGCAGGGGGCAUUGGGCCAGGCUGGUCCUCAGGGGACUUCUUCACAGGGGCUGCUGGUGAGCUCUUUCUCUCUAGGGACUGCUCCAUACUCCCCAUGCUGGAGCACACAGUGUAGGGAAGCCAGAAAGAAAAGACAGCCCAGCCAGCCACAGAAGCACAGUGGCCCUUCGCUCUCCCCCAGCCCUACCACGAUGCCCCCAUGCCCAGGCGUGAGGGAAGAUCAUUUGCUAAGAGGCAGCUACUGCAAGUCUUUGCAUUCACUUGUACUGUAACAACAUAAACCAACACGCGGUUCCCACCCAGGGCCAACCUGUCCACGCGCACCUAGGAAAGUGACCAGUGACCAUUGGCAUUAGGAGGCUGGCUCCAAUAAAGGGUUUGGCUGCAUUUGGGGAAUGCUGCAUUUUGUUUGGGUCUGUAAGAUUGGUUUGUGUCCUGACCAGCUCCGAAAAAUGGUACUUCACUGCCCUGAAAAACAAGACACAGGGAAAGUUGGUUGUCUCUUCACUUGGCCAAAUCCAAGGAGCAGAAGAGUCUUUUUCUUCUUCAGAUUUUAUUGUUUGCUGGGAUUGCACGUGUUCCUUGAGAGACCAGGUUCAAGUGACUUCUGUUGCCCGAGCCCAAUAAUGGAAGGAAAUGGUCCCUGGGCUGCCAGGGGCAGUGACCCUCCCAGGGUACCACUGAGGGCAGAACCUGGGUUCAAGCCACCCUGAACCUCCUCUGUGGCUAACCAAGCCCCUGAAAUGCCCAGCACUGCCACUUGACAUGAGAAUACCUUUGGCCCCAAGAGAUGUGACGAAGGCACAAGGUCUAAUUUGUGCAUGUAUGAACUCACUAUGGAAAUAAAAUGCAAUAGAAAGAGCA